AUGCCGCGCCGAUACCUCCUACCGAUCGAUGGUAGCGACAGUUGCAAACAUGCCGCCCGUUACUACCUAGAGAAUAUGAAGCAGGAUGAUGAUGUCCUUUUGUUCGUCCACGUCAUCGAACCCUCAUAUUCUUCGCCCGCAGUCAGUUUAACAAAAGACAAUUCAAAUGCAAUGGUGGGGGCCAUGACAAAGUCCAUGCAGGAGAACGUGGAGGCCGGGAAACUCCUUGGCCAACGCUAUAUGUCCUGGGCUAAGGAACAUGACUUACAGUCUAAUGCCUUUGUACACGUUGACCCCAAGCCUGGAGUCGCUAUUCUGAAGGCUGCAGCUGACAGGCAAGCUGAUCAUAUAAUCGUCGGUAGUCGCGGUCUCAACGCUAUUGGACGAUCUCUCCUCGGCAGCGUUAGCAACUACCUCGUACACCACUCCCCGAUUCCGGUCACCGUCGUACCCUGUGCGCCCGAGCAGAAGGCGGAAGUCAAGGGAGUACGGCGAUUCAGUCUAUACUAA